GGUGGAGUAUUCACGCAGAACCGCUCGCAGCCUCGCACGCCAAUACUCCACCCUCGCGAAGGCCAGGCGGCGGCGCUCUUCGACUCCCGGCACGCGGCUCUUCCUGGCGGGCGACCACGCCUGGGGUGGCCCUUGCCCUUCUCGCCGCGCAGGGAGUACCAGCCGCGGAGCUCCGGCCUCCUCCUGGCAGCGCGCGGUCGAGCUCCAGGCAGGGCAGCGAGUGGCCGAGCUCCAGGUAGGGCGGCGUCGCGAUAGCGGGCAGUGGACGAGCGGCAGGCUGACGGAGCUCUUACUGGGCGGCGGUGCUUGCGGUGGCAAACCCCGUGUCCGCCGCCUCCUUCUAGCUGGGUGGAAGAAACAUGUCAAGAAUGGCGCCUCCGUCUCCUCCUAUGUCCAUGAAGCCUCCGACGCUGCCCUUCUCCCCUCCCAAGAAGCCGCCGCCGAUGCCGAUAUACAAGGACCUGCACUUCAACCGUGACCUCUCCGCUACCAAGAAGCUCCAGGCCGGGGUGGACCUGGUGGCGCGGUUGGUGGGGGUCACCCUGGGGCCCAAGGGGAGGAACGUGGUGCUUGGUAACAAGUAUGGCCCUCCCAAGAUUGUCAAUGAUGGGGAAACAGUGCUUAAGGAGAUCGAAUUGGAGGAUCCAUUAGAAAAUCUUGGAGUGAAGCUAGUCAGACAGGCUGGUGCAAGGACCAAUGAUAUUGCAGGAGAUGGUUGUACCACUUCCAUAAUCCUCGCUCGAGGUCUGAUUGCUGAAGGAAUGAAGGUUCUUGCAGCUGGAAUCAACCCAGUUCAGGUUGCACGUGGCAUUGAGAAGACUGCUGCUGCUUUGGUGUCUGAACUCAAAUUAAUGUCACGGGAGAUUGAAGACCAUGAACUUGCACAUGUGGCUGCAGUUAGUGCAGGAAACGAUUACGCUGUUGGAAAUAUGAUCUCUGAUGCUUUUCAAAGAGUAGGUAGAAAAGGAAUGGUGAGAAUUGAAAAUGGAAGAGGUACUGAGAACAGUCUUGAUGUUGUCGAAGGAAUGCAAUUUGAACGUGGUUACCUCUCACCUUACUUUGUUACUGAUCGUUCAAAUAUGACGGUUGAGUUCACAGACUGUAAGAUUCUAAUGGUUGACAAGAAAAUUACUGAUGCUAGUGAAAUUAUAAGGAUACUGGACAGUGCUGUAAAAGAAAAUUAUCCUUUGUUAAUAAUUGCUGAGGAUGUGGAAGAAGCAGCAAUGGCUGAUUUGAUAAAAAACAAGCUGAAAGGGACAAUCAAGGUUGCAGCAGUCAAGGCCUUCUCUUUUGGGGAGCAAAAGACACAAUGCUUGGAUGAUAUUGCAGUCAUGACAGGAGGUACAGUAGUGAGGGAUGACAUGGGAUAUUCACUGGAAAAGGCAGGAAAAGAGGUUCUGGGUUCUGCUGCUAAGGUGGUUAUCAGGAAAGAUUCAACAUUAAUUGUUACUGAUGGAAGCACUCAUCAUGCAGUUGAGAAAAGAGUUGCUCUGAUAAAAGGACAAAUUGAGAACUCAAAGGAAAGGUACAACAAGAAGAUAUUGGGUGAGAGGAUAGCAAGGUUAUGUGGUGGAAUUGCAAUCAUCCAGGUUGGUGCUCAAACAGUCAUUGAGAUGAAAGAUAAGAAGUUGAGAAUUGAAGAUGCUCUUAAUGCAACCAGGGCAGCUAUUGAGGAGGGUGUUGUAGUUGGUGGUGGAUGUAGCCUAUUAAGGUUAUCGAAGAAGAUUGACGCAAUCAAGGAUUCAUCAUUGGAUAAUAUGGAGCAGAAGAUUGGUGCUGACAUCUUCAAGAAAGCCUUGAGUUACCCUACCUCACUAAUAGCAAACAAUGCGGGGGUGAAUGGUGAUUUUGUCAUUGAAAAGGUGUUAUUGAAUGAUACCACAAAUUAUGGUUACAAUGCUGCCAAGAACCGCUAUGAGGACUUGAUGGCUGCCGGAAUACUGGACCCAUCCAAGGUUGUGAGAUGUUGCAUUGAGCAUGCUGCUGUGGUUGCGAAAUCUUUUCUCACUUCUGAUGUGGUGGUGGUGGAGGCAAAAGAAAGUAAACCAAUUCGAAUAAGACCCCCAAUGCCUCCUAGGAGCUUGAUCCCCCCAAUGCCUGCCUCAGUUUCAGGUAUUCGAGUGUAGCAAGCUUCAUUUCCACAGAAUCGACCUGACGACCUCAAUAUGACAAAAACUACAUGGACACAAUUCUUUUGCAAAAAAAAAUGCUAAUAUAACAAGCGAAGAAAGGUUUCACCACAAUAAUGACUUUGCACUAUUGCUCCAAGAAGCUCUAUGUGUUCUGUCACAUCAAUACAAGCAGCAGCAAUGGUGGAUAAUGCAUGUAAUAGAGAAGACAAUGCUGGAAAUUUCAGCUGAUAUUCUUAGCUCCCUCCACUGCUUUGGAUCAUAUCCAUUACACUUGUGUAGGAUACUAGGAUUCAUGUUAAAUUUAGCAAAGGAUGUACAGAAAUAACUGUCACAUGACAAUUGAGGAUGCAGAUGGCAAUCUUUGUCAUGAGCUGAUGGCAACAGGAAACAUAUCCUCCUGACACUCUAUAAACACUCUUGAAACAUACGAGAUCUCAUAAUCAGGGAA